CAGCUGUCCACCCAGUUGUUGCCGGACCGUUGGAAAUAGCAGGCCUUGGUGUGAGGCCGGUGGGCGGAGCCUCGUCGGAUGACGCUGGGCGAAUGACGUCAACGAGGUGAUAAGUAGCAGUUGUCCCGCGCCCGGUCUGUAUUGUGUCUGUGUGUGAAGUCACGGGGGAGAGACCUGAAUCAACAAAUCAAGCCCGAUUGUUUGUCCUGGACUGCGUUGCUGUGAUGGAGGUCAGCGCCGAGGCCAAGCGGAUCAUGGUGGUGGCGUUGGGGAAGCUGUACAGCUCCCGCACGCAGAGGGGGGGUCUCCGCCUCCACCGGAGCCUCCUGCUGUCCCUGGUGAUGAAAUCCGCCCGGGACAUCUACCACGAGGCCCAGGCGGCGGCAGAACCCGGCGCGUCGGACUGGGAACAGGGGCACCACGCGCACGAGAAGCCCACGGAGCGCGCGGCCGCUGCGCAGGAGCCCCGGGGUCACGGGGCUCUGACGCCCCAACAGCCUCAGCCUGCGCACGAGGAGGUGGCGGGUGCUCCCACAGAGCCGCCGCGUGACGCACGCGCACACGCCGGCGCGGAGAACAAGGAGAACGUGCGCCCCGCGAGCCCGGAGCGCUCCAGGAAGAGACGGAGCAAGGCGGCGGCCGAACCGGACUUUCUGCCGUGCAAGAAGGCGAAACUCGAGCAGGGAAUCCCCGCGCAACACCACGUCAUUGCCGGCGCUGUUUUGAUGGACUACGUGAGCUGCGGCGGCGACGCGGGCGCGUCCGCGGCCCCCGUGCCUCUGCACAGAGCCGUCGCCGUGUGUUGAAGCCACGCGCAAAGAGCAAAGGAACCCAACUUUCUCUGCGCGGCCCCGAGCGCGCGCCGCGGAGCCGUCGGCCGGAUGCGCCCCG